AUUAUUUUAUAGUAAUCAAAAAUUUUGUACUCAAACAAAAUAAUUGAUGAAUUAAUUAAUUAAUUAAUAAAUAAAUAUAUUAAAAAAAUUGUUUGUGGGGUUAAGAAAAAAAUUAAUUAUUAUUUUGUUUGUUCGCACACAUUAUAUCUACAUCUAAGAUUUUGAAAAUAAUAUCAACAAUAAACAAUUAAAAAAUAAAUAAUAAGCUUGUCCAACCAAGCAAGAUAGGAGGAAUUAGCGUACAUAGUAAAUAUAGUUCUCACUAAAAAUCAAAAGGAAAAGAUAUUCAAAGGAAGGGAUAUUAAGUUUCAGGUUCAAAUAAGCAAGUUCGAUAAUGGGAAAUUUAUGCUAAACAAAACCUUAGAUAUAAUAAAUAGAGAAGAUAGAAAAUCCUCCUGAAAAAGAAGUAUUUACCUUGAUCACAGAGAAAAAAUAUUAAUAAGUAAUAUUUAAGCUCUAUGAUGGAAAUGCAAUUAAAUAUUAAGCUGAUGGAUUAAUAAAUGCCAAUGAAAACCCAUACUUUGUCGAUAAUCACUCUUUAAUGGUAAACACUAAAAAGGAACUGAUUAACUAAAUUAGCUAAAAAGAUCCAUUGAAUCCAGGAGAAGCCAGCUACACAUCAACAGGAUUACCAAACUUAACUUAUUUUAUUCAUUGCUGUCUUCCAUCUUGGUAAGGAGGAUAAGAUGGUGGAAAGAAUGAAUUAUAUUACUGCAUACAAGCUUAUUAUAACUCAUUUAAAAUUGCUAAUGAGUUGAGUAUGAAAAAAAUUGUGUUUACUGACCAAAACACAAGUUUGUAAUAAAUUCCUAAGAAUUUGAGUGCUGAGGCUUUUAUCAAAGCAGCUUUAAAAUUUAUAAAUGAGAAUUAAGAAUCAGAAUUAGAGGAAGUCAUAAUAAUAAAUAAGAACAAAGUUUCAAAUAAUGCUAUGAAAAAUUAAAUUAACGGAUAACUCUCUGUAGAUAUGAAUGACGAGCUUAAAUAGAUGAUUAUACACAAAGAGAGUGCUUUUUUAGAUAACACUGAGAGGUCAAUAAGAGAAACAUUUAAUAGAACUGACACACUUUCAAAUGCUGACCAUAAUCAUAGUAUGGUUAAACAAAAUAAUAACAAUUAAAUUUUAACAGAUGAGUAAAUGAAAGAAAUCAACCAAGUUUGAACUAUAGUUUUAUUUAGUACAUAACCAAAUCAACAAAAAAUCAAGCAAGCAAGCAAGUAAGCAAGUAAAAAUAAAUAAAUAAUAAUAAGUAAGCAAACAAAUAGAUAUAGAUAUUUUAUCAUUUUUAAUUUGUUUGUUUAAUAUAUUGUAGAAAGGAUUUUUAAAAAAUUGAAAUAACUAAAAAUAUAAAUAAAUUCAAUCAAUACUAUACAAACAAACAGUUUUGAAAUAAAAGCAAUUAGAUUAUUUAAUGAAGGAAUGAAUAAAUGAAACAUAAGAUUUAUAUAAAUUAAAGAAUUAAAUUAAAUAUGAGUCAUAUAAAUAACAAAAUUUUAUUAUAAAUAACAUUUUAUCUAUUUUUCUAUCUAUCUCUUUACAUACAUACAUGUAAAAUACUUUAAUUUCGAAUAUAAAAUUU